AUGAAUUCAAAUUCAUCUUUCAAAGCUCGUUAUCAUGUUGGGAAAUAUGUGAAAAAUAUGUUUAUGGGAUAUUUUACUGAAUAUGAAACACCAAAAUUAGUUUCAAUACAUAGUGUCAAAUACGCUGGUCUACUUCGCAUUAUACAAAUCAUUAUUCUUAUUUAUUCUACAAUAUAUUUACUUAUAUAUGAAAAAGCUUAUCAAAAACAAAGUACAACAAUUACAUCAUCAGUAGCACUUAAAGUAAAGGGUAUUGGUUAUGUCAAUACGUCAGAAAAUAAAACACUGAUUAUUGAUGGAGCAGAUUAUAUUAUUCCACCAUUAGAAAAUAAUGCUAUAUUUAUAAUGACAAAUUUUAUUCAAACCGAUCAAACACGAUCUACAUGUGCUGAAAGUGAAAAACUCAAAGAAGCAAUUUGUCACAAUGAUAGUCAAUGUUUCAAUAAAUCAUUCACACCAAAUAUGAAUGGACGUUGGACAGGUCGAUGUUUAUUAUCAUCAGAAAAAGAUAUUGGCAAUGAGACAACAAAUAUUACAAUAACUAGAACGGGUUUAUGUGAAUAUGCAGGUUGGUGUCCACCAGAAGAUGAUCUUUCAACUACAAUGCCUCUUCAAGAAGCUCUAACUUUUACAAUAUUUAUAAAAAAUUUUAUUGAAUUUCCAGUGUUCGAUGUUAAACAUAAAAAUAUGGUUGAUAAUUUAAAAAAACCAUGUAUAUUUCAUCCAAAAUAUCAUGAAGAUUGUCCCAUGUUUAGUAUUGAUUAUAUAUUGAAUGAAGCAGAAAAAAAUAUUAAAGAACGUAAUUUAAUGUUACAAUAUGGUGGUAUAAUACGUAUUAAAAUUGAUUGGGAUUGUAAUCUAGAUCGAAAUAUAAAAUUAUGUAAACCUGAAUAUUCAUUUGCUCGUCUUGAUGUACCUUUUCAUGAAAAACCAUUUUCAAAGGGUUUUAAUUUUCGUUAUGCUUCUCAUUGGAAAUAUAAACAGAAACAUGUUCGUACAUUAACAAAAGCUUAUGGUCUUCGUUUAGUAAUUUCUAUUAGUGGUAAAGCUGGAAAAUUUAAUUUCAUUAAAUUAACUUUAAAUACUGGUUCAUUAGUUGGACUCUUUGGUUUAGCAACAUUUGUGUGUAACAUUGUUCUACUUCAUGUAUCGAAAAAUGCACGUACUUAUCGUAAUUUUGUGUUUGAAAUUGUUCAUUUACGGACACGUGCUUCCAGUACAGUAGCAGUGCCAAAACAUUUUGCUCAGACAAAUGUUAAUGUACAUUCUAAUUGCGACUCAAAUAUAGAAGCAGAAUCAUCACAUGGAAUGCCUGAUGGUAGACCAGCAUCUCCAGGAAAAACAGUUACUAUCGGUGAAGUCACUUUUAUCAAUCCGAUUCAAUCAACAUGUUGA